AUGGCGCAAGCGGCGCCAGAAGAGCCAUGGAAGGCGAAGAAGACCAGGGACAGAGAUGGAUGGGUCGUCUUCCUUCUUAUCCUUCUGAAUUUCUUUGCUUGCCAAUUCGGUCACGGCUCCAACAUCGGGGUAGCUGUUUCGCUUCCCGGGAACUCGAAGGCUAUGAACUUGGCACUCGGAUCGUGGGUGAUGGUGGGCGUUUGUCUGGGCCUCCCUCUCACACCUUGGGCCUGCAGGACCUUCGGGGAGUUUUAUGUUGUCAUUGUCUGCACCAUCCUUGAUGUCAUCGCGAUGCUGCUAAUGACAGUGCCUGGCAUCUCGCUGUACCAAAUCUACGCAGUCCGCUUCCUCGUGGGCUUCUUCGAAGCACCGUUUCUUCCCUAUCUGCAGAAGUGGCUGUCUCGCCAUGGGUCCCACAACUGGAACUUGUGGAAUACCACCCUGCACGCCAUGGUGCCGCUUGGUGAGAACGUGGGCUUCAUCGUGGCCCAGGAGCUGGUGAAUGCUGGCUUCCACUGGCGCUGGGCUUUUCUAGGGCAAGGUGUCCUUUUUGCCGGCACUGGUUUGCUGUGCUUGGCCUACGGUGGACGCCGCUACUUGGAGUUGUCCGACGACCACCCGACGAAGCGUCUGGACAGUGAGGAGGAUCUCGAGAAGCCUGCAAGUGAAGUGGAGUACCCUAGCACCGAGCGGUGGGGUGUGUACUGGGUGACCAACGUGUCCCUGGCAGCACAGCUUGGUUUUCUUGGCGGGUGCAAGUACGUGAUUCGCGACUACGCGACGUCGCGCGGCUUCGGCCUACACGUCAUACUGGGCACCUUCUCUGGCAUUGCGUUGAUUGGCCCUGCCCUAGGUGGCUACGUUGCCAUGUCGGGGAGCGUGGUGCAGUCAGACAAGUGGAGUCAGCACAGGAGGACUCUCAUCUUCCUCGCAUCCGUCUCCAGUAUGGCCGCCGUCCUUGCAGCAGUGCUUCCGUACGUCUCGGGCAUUGUCUUCUGGCCGGCGCUGUUCCUGACUUUCUGCAUUGCCGGUGGCGUGUACCCGGCGGCGCAGGGGAUCAUCAACCUCGCGCUGACCAAGAGCCGCGUCAUCGAGGCGUCGGUCUACCAGGUGCAGUGCAACAACCUGCUCUUCGCAAUGCCGAUGCCCUAUGCCAUUGGCAAGGCCAUGGACUCUUGGAGCAUUGGAGCCUCCUUCCGCCUCGUGGCCGUCUUCCAGGUGCUGGCCGCCGCGGGCUUCUCCUUGGCCAUGCUCUCGGCGGACUGGGAAGAGGAGCGCAGCACCUGGAAGCGCUUGACCUCCCCGUCGCGGGAUUGGGAUGCCGUUUCAACUCUGGAGCAGGGAUUCUCGCCCAACUUGGAGCUCAUGAACAUCUCCGCAAAGGAAGAGAGGAAUAAUCUUCAUCAAGGUCACUGA